AUGGCACACCGAUCCUGGCUUCCCGGCGAGGUCCUGGCCUUCCUGCUGCUGUGUGUGGCUGCAGUGGAAGCAGCCACUGGGCGAUGGUGUGAGCGGACAGUGCAGGAGACAGUGGAGGAGGAGGUGACACCGCGGCGUGAGGAUGUGGUGCCCUGCACCAGCCUCUACCACUACAGCCUGGUGGGAUGGCGGAUCGACCGGGACCGAAUGCGCCGGGUCUACGGUGGGGACCAGGGUGAGCCCCAGCCCAGCUCCAGCACCCCCCUCUGCUACAUCUACCGGCCUCCAGAGAUGCGGCCGGUGGUGUGGAACCACACGGUGCUCGCCUGCUGCCAGGGCUGGAGCGGGCCCCGCUGCACUGAAGGUGAAGGCUCGCUGGGGCACUGCUACAGCGCAUGGCAGUGCCAGGACACCGCAGGCAGCCACAACCUCUCUUCCAUGAGCCUGUCCGAGUGCUGCCGGCACCCCUGGGGGCACAGCUGGAGGAACGGCUCCGGCUCCGGCGCACCCUGCCUCGCCUGCACCAGCCUGCCCCUUGCCGGUGGGUCUGGGGGUCCCGGGGGGCUGGUGGGUCCCAUGGGGUCGGCCGCCCAUCACCGGGGCCUCUGGGCUGGCUGCAUGACCUGGGCUGGAUCCCGCUACCGCACCUUCGACGGGACACACUUCCACUUCUCCGGCGAGUGCACCUACAGCCUGGCUGCCGCCGCCGAUGGCACAUGGGCCAUCACCAUUGCUGCCGGCGAUCCCCGGGCACUGCACAUGACCUUCGGGGUGGACACGGUGGCGGCCCGGGGACGGAACAUCUCUGUGGAUGGCGUGGUGGUGCCAGAGAGACAAUCGUACCUGCACAACGGGAUCAGCGUGAUGUGGCUGGGUGACUGGGUGGCCAUGGCGAGCCCAUUGGGUGUGCGGGUGACCUCGGACGGGCACCAGGCAGUCACGGUGACGGUCGACACUGAGCUGUGGGGCAGCACGCAGGGACUCUGUGGCCCCUACAAUGAUGACCCUGCUGAUGACUUCCAGCAGCCCGGAGGGGAUGUGGCCGCCUUUGCCGCCAGCUUUGGCAACUCAUGGAAGAUCCCAGACACUGGCUCAGAGCCCCGCUGCAGGGACGCGGUGGAGCUCAGCCCCGGCUGUGCAGCGGGUGAUGCGGCACAGCAAGCAGCUGAGGCCACGUGUGGGAAGCUCCUGGCUGAGCCCUUCAGAGAGUGCCACGACAAGGUGGACCCCAGUGGCUUCCACGCAGCGUGCCUGGAGCUGCUGUGCCGGGAGGGUGAUGCUGGGCCCUCACCAAGCCCCAAUGUCUGCGACACCUUCGCUGCCUAUGCACGGGACUGUGCCCGGCACCAAACCGACAUCAACUGGCGCCGGCCGGGAUUCUGCGAGCGGCGCUGUGGCGCGGGGCAGCGGUUCUCGGACUGUGUCUCCUCGUGCCCCGCCAGCUGCACGGCCGUCAGCAGUGCCGAGGAUGGGCCGUGCCACCAGGACUGUGCUGGCGGCUGCGAGUGUGCACCGGGGCUCUACCGGGACGGGGCACUCUGUGUGCCCCCAAGCGCCUGCCCCUGCCACCACCGCCGCCAGCGCUACGCCCCUGGACAGAGCAUCCGCCAGCGCUGCAACCGGUGCACGUGCCAGGGCGGGCGCUGGCUCUGCAGCCAGGACCGGUGCCCCGGAGAGUGCGCGGUGCUGGGCGGCCACCACUACAUCACCUUCGACCGCCGGCGCUUCUCCUUCCCGGGCACCUGCGCCUACACCCUGGUGCAGGACUUUGUGGAGGGGCACCUGCUGAUCACAGCCGAGCACGAGGCUUGCGAUGGCCACCAGCCCCUUGGCUGCCGCCGGUCCCUCACCGUCAGUGCCCGCCGGAUCUCCGCUCACCUCCAUGGCACAGGCGAGGUGACAGUGGAUGGGCAGGAGGUGACACUGCCCUUUGCUGGUGCUGAGCUGAGCGUCCGCCGUGUGUCCUCGGCAUUCCUGCUGCUCCAGACCUUUGGGGCCCAUGUCCUGUGGGGGGUGGAUGCCCCCGCUGCCUACAUCACCCUCCAGCCCGCCUUCGCCCACAAGGUGCGGGGUCUCUGCGGCACCUACAACUGGAACCAGGGGGACGAGUUCACCACGCCGGCGGGUGACGUGGAGAUCGGCGUUGCCGCCUUCGCCAACAAGUACCGGGUGUCCAGCGAGUGCCCCGCGCUCGGCCCCAUCCCACCGGAGCCCUGCGGCGCCUUCACCGGGCGGCAGGAGCUCGCCGAGGCCGCCUGCGCCGUCCUGCAGGGCCCGGCCUUCCAGCCCUGUCACCAGGUCGUGGAGCCGGAGCCGUUCCAGCAGCUCUGCCUGUGGGAUGCCUGCGCCUGCCGGGAUGGGCAGCGCUGCCUGUGCCCGGCGCUGGCUGCCUACGCCCGGGAGUGCGGCCGGGAGGGAGUGGAGCUGGUGUGGAGGAACCAGAGCUUCUGCGGCGUGCCAUGCGGUGCGGGGCAGCGGUACCUGGACUGUGGCCGUCUCUGCGUCCAGACCUGUGCCGACCUGCGCGGUGAUGGCGCUGGGGCCGGCUCCUGCCACGACCUGGAUGGACUCUGUGUCCCCGGCUGCCAGUGCCCGGUCGGGCUGGUGCUGGCCGAGGGCGGGACAUGUGUCCCACCGGGAGCCUGCCCCUGCCAGCACGGCACCACUCUCCUCCCGCCCGGCAGCCACAUCCGCCGGGGCUGCAGCGCCUGUGUCUGUGCCAGUGGGUCGUGGCGCUGCAACGCAGCCGCCUGCCCCAUGGCCGCUUUGUGCCCCGGGGGGCUGAUCCACGCGCCGGGCUCCUGCCUGCGCCGCUGCGACAGCGCCGAGCCCAACGGCACCUGCGUCGGCAUCGCUGACGGCUGCGUCUGCCCCUCUGGCACCGUCUUCCUGGAUGGGCGCUGCGUGUCGCCAGCAGAGUGCCCGUGCCACCACGGCGGGCGGCUGUACCGGCCCAACGACACCAUCAUCCAGGACUGCAACACAUGCGUGUGCCGGCAGCAGCGCUGGCACUGUGGCCAGGAGGAGUGCGCCGGGACCUGCGUGGCCACGGGGGACCCCCACUACAUCACCUUUGACGGCCGAGCCUUCUCCUUCCCCGGUGACUGCGAGUACCUGCUGGCGCGUGAGGCCGACGGGCUCUUUGCCGUCACUGCCGAGAACGUGCCCUGCGGCACCGGCGGCAUCACCUGCACCAAGUCGGUGGUGGUGGUCAUGGGCAACACCGUGGUGCACAUGCUGCGGGGGAGGGACGUGAUGGUGAACGGGGUCCCGGUGCGACCCCCCAAAACCUACACCGGGACCGGGCUGACGCUGGAGCGCGCCGGCCUCUUCCUCCUCCUCCUCACCCGCGUGGGGCUGGCGGUGCUCUGGGACGGAGGCACGCGGGUGUACAUCCGGCUGGAGCCGCAGCACCGGAGCCGCGUGGCCGGGCUCUGUGGCAACUUCGAUGGCGACGCCGAGAACGAUCUCUCCAGCCGGCAAGGGGUGCUGGAGCCCAGCGCAGAGCUCUUCGGCAACUCCUGGCGCCUCAGCCUGCUCUGCCCCGAGGUGGACGGCGCCGGCGCGUGGCACCCCUGCACUGAGAACCCGCACCGGGUGGUGUGGGCCCGCCGGCGCUGCAGCGUCCUCUGGCAGCGGCUCUUUGCGCCAUGCCACGACGCGGUGCCGUGCCAAAGCUUCUAUGACUGGUGCAUCUUCGAUGCCUGCGGCUGCGACUCCGGCGGGGACUGCGAGUGCCUGUGCACGGCCAUUGCCACAUAUGCCGAGGAGUGCGGCCGGCGCGGCGUCCAUGUGCGAUGGAGGAGCCAGGAGCUGUGCCCCCUGCAGUGUGACCGGGGGCUGGAGUACAACCCCUGUGGCCCCCCCUGCCCCCCAACCUGCCGCAGCCUUGGCCAGGAGCCCCCUGAGCACUGCCGGGACCUGUCCUGCCUGGAGGGCUGCUUCUGCCCCCCGGGGAGGGUCCUGCACGAUGGCGGCUGCAUCGAGCCCAACGAGUGCCCGUGCUUCUGGGACGGCUUCUCCUUCCCAGCCGGUGCCACGGUGCAGCAGGGCUGCAAGAACUGCACGUGCGCGGCGGGUCGGUGGCACUGCCCAUCCUCACCGGAGCCGUGCCCGUCCAUGCCAUGUGCCACAUGGGAGUUCUCAUGCCGCGCCGACGGGCGCUGCGUGCCGGGCGCCUGGGUGUGCGACAACGAGGAGGACUGCGGGGACGGCUCGGACGAGCUGUGCGCCCCGCGCUGUGCCCCGCACCAGCACCGCUGCGCCAGCGGGCAGUGCCUGGCCUGGGGCGCCCGCUGCGACGGCGUGCGCGACUGCAGCGACGGCUCCGACGAGAGCGGCUGCCCCACAGCCUCCUGCGCGCCCCCCGAGUUCGCCUGCGCCAGCGGCCACUGCAUCCCCCCCGAGCGCGUCUGCGAUGGGGAGCUGGACUGUGGCUUUGCCGACGACUCGGAUGAGGCAGGCUGCAGCCCGAGCUGUGGCGCAGGCGAGUUCCGCUGCGUGGUGGGCCGGUGUGUGCCGUACCCACACCGCUGCGACGGCCGUGAUGACUGCGGUGACUUCAGUGACGAGCGUGGCUGCGUCUGCCCCCCCGGGCACCUCCAGUGCCCUGACACGCAGUGCCUGCCCCCGGCCACCGUCUGCGAUGGCCACCGCGACUGUGCCAACGGCACCGAUGAGGAGUUCUGCCCAGACCGGGUGACCUGUGCCCCUGGGGAGCUCCCGUGCCCCGAUGGCUCCUGCAUCGGUGAGGCUGUGGUUUGUGACGGUGUCAGUGACUGUCGCGACGGCUGGGAUGAGAGCCCGGCGGGGUGCGCAGCAGCACUGCCCGCUGCUGUGCCCACUGCCAACACUUCAGCAGCACCGGCGUGCGGCCCCUCGGCCUUCAUGUGCGGCGGUGGGGAGUGCGUGCCUCGGGGCUGGCUCUGCGAUGGCGAGGCCGACUGCCGCGAUGGCAGUGAUGAGCUGGGCUGCGCCAGUGGCUGCGAGCCUGGGCACUUCCCCUGUGCCCGCGGCACCGACUGUGUCCCCUACGGACACCUCUGCGACGGCGUCCCACAGUGCCGCGACCGCUCCGACGAGAGCGAGGACCGCUGCGGCUCCACCGCCAUCCCGCCGUGCCCGGGGCACUUUACCUGCGACGGUGGCAUGUGCCUCAAUGUGUCGAGGGUCUGUGACGGGGCCACCGACUGUCCCCGGGGCGAGGACGAGCUGCUCUGCGGGAGCCGCAGCCUCGCCGGCGGGAGCAACAGGACGGAGAGUCCCUGUGCAGAAUACGCCUGCGGUGGGGGCGAGUGUGUUGCCUUCCAGCAGGUGUGCGAUGGUGUGCUGGACUGUGGUGCCGGUGGGGAUGACGAGCGGGAUUGCGGCGAGUGGGGGCCAUGGGGCCUGUGGGGCACCUGCACCCGCUCCUGUGGCCCCGGCCUGCAACAGCGCACCCGGGGCUGCCAGCAGCGCCGGCCUGGCGUGCUGCACCGGUGCCGCGGGCAGGCUGCCGAGGAGCGGCAGUGCUUCAGCAUCGCCUGCCCUGUUGAUGGUGCUUGGGCUGAGUGGGGUCCCUGGUCCGCAUGCCCGGGGGGCUGCGGGGGGCUGCGGCAGCGGCAGCGGCAAUGCCAGCCCCCCCAGAACGGCGGCCGCCCCUGUGGCGACCUGCCUGGAGAGAUCCCCGCUGCCCUCGAGACGGCCCCCUGUACCCCGGGGGGCUGCCCCAACACCUCCUCCUGCCCGGAGGGGCUGCGCCCGUGGCCCUGUGCUCCCUGCCCCGCGUCCUGCGCCGACCUCUCCACGGGCGCCGCGUGCCGGCAGGACCGGCCCUGCAGCCCAGGGUGCUGGUGCGCGGCGGGGCUGGUGCUGGACGCGGGCCGGUGCGUGCUGCCGCGGGAGUGCCCGUGCCACGCCGCGGGGCUGCGGCACGCACCGGGGCAGCUGGUGAAGGUGGACUGCCGGCUCUGCGCCUGCCUGGGCGGGCAGCUGCGGCGCUGCCGGCAGAACCCCGACUGCGCCGUGCACUGCGGCUGGUCGGCGUGGUCGCCGUGGGGCGAGUGCCCCGGGCCGUGCGGCACACAGAGCGUGCAGUGGUCGUUCCGCAGCCCCACCAACCCCAGCCAGCGCGGCGGCGGCCGGCACUGCCGCGGCAUCUACCGCAAGGCGCGCAGGUGCCAGACGGCGCCGUGCCGGCAGUGCCAGUCCCGAGGUCGCCGGCGCGCACCGGGGGAGCGCUGGCGUGAGGAGCCCUGCCACGUCUGCCAGUGCUUGCCCAGCCUGGCCGUGCGGUGCUCGCCCUACUGCCCGCACCGCGCCGCCGGCUGCCCGCAGGGCCGGGUGCUGGUUGAUGGCCACGGGGACUCCUGCUGCUAUUGUGCCCCGGCGGGUGACAACGGGACGGCCACCCCCCCGGCGCUGCCGACAACGGAGCCCCCCUCUUCCGUGCCAACAGAGCCCCCCGGCUACCCCCUGCUCACCUUCCCGCUGCCUCCCCUUGGCGAUCCCUGUUACCUCCCGCUGGGCACCGCGGCUCUCCCGGACGGCAGCUUCGGCGCCUCGUCGGCACAGGCGGGGAGCCCGGCGCACGCUGCCCGGCUGCACGGCGGUGUUCCCGGGCAGCCGCUGCGGGGCUGGGCUCCCCGGGAUGAUGCCUACGCGGCGCUGCCCGACGACCCCCCCUUCCUGCAGCUGGACCUGCUGCAGCCCACCAACAUCACCGGGGUGGUGGUGCAGGGAGCCGGCUCCUCCGAUGCCUUCGUCACCGCGUUCCUGCUGCAGUUCAGCGCCGAUGGCACCCGCUGGUACCGCUACCGCCAGCUCUUCCAGGGUAGCCAGGACGCCGACACGCCAGCAGUGCGGCUGCUGGGCCGCAUGGUGCAGGCACGGCACGUCCGCAUCCUGCCCCAGGACUUCCACAACCGCAUCGUGCUGCGUGCUGAGCUGCUGGGAUGCCCCCCAGUGCCCCUAGCUCCGCAUGGGACCAUGACGAUGCCGGUGACACCGGUGAUGCUGCCGGUGAUACCGAUGGUGCCGGUGACACCGAUGGUGCCAGAGACACGGAGCCAGCACCCCUGUGCCAUGGGGGAGUUCUGGUGCGGGAGCGGGGAAUGUGUCCCUGGGGGUCCCCGGGAUCCCCUCUGCGACGGCAUCACCGACUGCCCUGAUGGCUCUGAUGAGGCUGGCUGCGGGCCCCCCAGCACCACCAGCCCCACGGCCCCCAUGGCAGCCGGUGUCCUGGUGCUGACCACGACCACGCAGCCGCCACCGGUGCCCCCAGCCAUGGUGUCCCCUGGGACGGGCACCCAUCUGCCCCCCGAAGGUGCUGAGCCCACCACACCAGGGCAGCCAGGGGCAGAGCGCCCACCUCAGCCUCACACCAUGGCCAAGGGCACCCCCAUAACCAGAGCCAGCAGCCCCACGGAGCUAAGGGUCACGGAGCCAGCACUGGGGUCCCCUGACACCCCAACACAGCCCAGCACCCCAGGGAUGGGCACCAGCCCCCCCGCAGGGCUACCCUCCACCGGACCUCCCCUGGGGCUGACAGGAGUCCCCAGCCCGACCCCCCAAGCCACCUGCGCCCCGGCCCUGUGGGGGAACUGGGGUCCCUGCAGCCGCUCCUGCGGGCUGGGGCUCACCCUGCGGCAGGCCCUGCCCGGGGGGGACUGCGCACGGACCCCCCCCGACACCCGCGUCUGCUUCCUGCGCGCCUGCCCAGUGCCGGGCGGGUGGGCAGCCUGGGGGUCCUGGUCCCCCUGCGACACCACAUGUGGGGGGGGCGUGCGGAGCCGGGCGCGGAGCUGCAGCGACCCCCCCCCCAAGAACGGGGGUGCUCCGUGCCCAGGGGGGCACCUCCAGACCCAGCCCUGCAACCUGCAGCCCUGCGGGGACCCCCCAGCCUGUGGCCCCCGCAUGGUGCUUGUGCGGGCUGAGGACUGCAAGGGGGGACAGGACCCCCCCUGCACCCGGAGCUGUGGUGACCUUGGUGGCAAUGGCACCUGCGUGCAGCACUGCCAGGACGGGUGCUGGUGCCCGCCGGGGCUGUUCCUACAGGAUGGCGGCUGCGUCGAUGCCGGUGAGUGCCGGUGCCACGGGCCCGGUGAGCAGCGCCGGCCUGGCGAGGUGUUCCUGCAGGAUUGCCGCCGAUGCGUGUGCCACAACGGGACGGUGACAUGCGAGGAUGUGGCCUGCGCCGUGGACUGCGGCUGGUCCACGUGGUCACCGUGGACCCACUGCAGCAGUGGCUGCGGCGCGGGGACACAGGAGAGGUUCAGGUCACCCACCAACCCCACUGCAGCCGCCGGCGGAGCGCCCUGCACCGGGGCAGCGCGGGAGCUGCGCGAGUGCCACGAGCCCUGCGGCACCGAGCCCGGCAGUGCCUGGAGCCCCUGGGAGCCCUGGUCCGAGUGCUCUGUGUCCUGCGGUGCCGGCGAGCAGAGGCGGCACCGGGCCUGCGCCGCAUCGGCACAGGGGGGGUCCUGCACCGGCCCCCACCUCCAGACACGGGACUGUAACACCCAGCCCUGCCAUGCGCGGUGCCCGGGGCACACGCUGUACCGGACGGCGGCUCAGUGCCGCGCCACGGGGGGGCCCUGCCCGCGGCUCUGCCUGGACCGUGGCGCGGGUGUGGAGUGCGCCGCACGGUGCCGCGACGGCUGCGCCUGCCCGCCGGGGCUCCUCCUGCACGCCGGGAGCUGUGUGCUGCCAGCGCGCUGCCCCUGCUACCACCGCGGCCGCCUGCUCCGGCCCGGGGACACCGCCGCUGCCGGCGACGCCUGCAACAACUGGCUCCGACCUGUGCCACGCGGUGCCAUGUAUGGCCUCAAGUCUAUGUGGUGCCGUGGGGCUGAGCCCCCCCAAGGCCCCUUCCCCGAGGGCUGUGGGUGUUGGGGUGUCACUGUACAAGCUGGUGGCCCCGUCCCAUGUGCCGCAGAGGCGCCGUGGGGCGCGUGGUCGCCAUGGGGCCCCUGCAGUGUCUCCUGCGGUGGUGGCGAGCAGCUGCGCCGGCGGCGGUGCCACCAGCCGGAGUGUGUGGGGCUGGACCUGCAGAGCCAGAUGUGUAACACCCAUGUGUGCCGUGACUCGGGCUGCCCGCGGGGGCGGGUGUUCCGCGAGUGCGUGGGCGGGGCCUGCCCGUUCAGCUGCGCGCACGUGUCCGGGCGCGUGGGCUGCGGGGGCGGGGCCUGCGCCCAGGGCUGCGGCUGCCCCGCGGGGACCCUGCUGCACCGCGGGGAGUGCGCGAGGGAGUGUCCGUGCGCGCUGACGGUCGAGCUGCUGCGGGACCUGCAGAACGGAUCCACCGGCACCGCCGAGCCCCGGCUGCUGCCCGGGCAGGAGCUGCCCGCGGGGGGCACCGUGCGCACGGCCUGCGCCAACUGCACGUGCCGUCAUGGCCACCUGCACUGCACAGAGCUGGGGGGCUGCCGGCAGGAUGGGGCUUGGGGGUCCUGGGGCCCCUGGAGCCCCUGUGCACCCACAUGUGGGGGGCUGGGGCUCAGCACCCGACGGAGGGGCUGCACCAGCCCCACACCGGCCCAUGGCGGUCGGAACUGCACCGGAGCCCGCACUGACACCAUGUACUGCCGGACCCCCGACUGCCCUGGUGCCCCCACGCCGGGGCCCAGCCCCACAUCCCUGGGCGCUGAGGCCGAGGGGGGCUUCGGGCCCUGGUCCCCCUGGACUCCCUGCUCCAGGAGCUGCACCCACCCCGAGGCUCCGGCCACCAAGAGCCGCAACCGCUCCUGCAGCGGCGCCGGGGCCUGCGGCGGGGAGAGCGAGCAGCAGCGGGCCUGCAACCUGCCCCACUGCGACGGUCCCCCCCCCUGCCCCGGUGGAGCCUGCGACUGCCAGUGGACGCCGUGGGGCCCGUGGGGCGGCUGCUCCCGCAGCUGCGGGGGGGGGCUGCAGCUGCGCCUGCGGGCGUACACCCCCCCCGGCCCGGGGGGGCGCUGGUGCCCCGACAUUGGCAGCGCCAGCACUGAGCGCCGCGCCUGCGGCCUGCGCCCCUGCACUGUGGAUGGCGCCUGGUCUCCCUGGAGCCCCUGGUCACGGUGUGACCGGACGUGCGGGGGGGGCCGGUCCCUGCGCAGCCGCUCCUGCACCCGGCCCCCCCCCAAGAACGGGGGUCAGCCCUGCCCCGGCGAGCGGCACCACCUGCGGCUCUGCAACCCCCAGCCCUGCGGGGAGAGCUGUCCCCCGGGCACGGUGCUGGUGCCCUGCGCCAACCGGUGCCCGCGGCACUGCGGUGACCUGCGGGCCGGGCUGUCCUGCGGGCCCGAGGAGCGCUGCCGGCCCGGCUGCCGCUGCCCCAACGGCGCGCUGGAGCAGGACGGCGGCUGCGUGCCCCUCGCGCGCUGCGAGUGCACGGACGCGGCGGGGCGCGGGUGGGAGCCCGGGAGCCGCCACCGCGACGGGUGCGAGAGCUGCGUGUGCGAGAGCGGCCGCCUGCGCUGCGCCCGCCACGGCUGCCCGCAGCCCCCUUGCCGCUGGGGCCCCUGGGGCCGAUGGGCGCCCUGCACCGUCACCUGCGGGCACGGGCGGCAGCACAGGCACAGGAUCCCCAUCGCGGUGGCAGGUGCUGCACCAUGUGAGGACCCGGAGGAGCAGAGCCGGGACUGUGCCGAGGGGCCCUGCCCGGCCCUGUGCCCGCGGGAGGGCGGCAACGGGAGCCUGGGGGAGAGCUGGAUGCAGGGACCCUGCCGGCGAUGCACCUGCACCCCCGAGGGCAUCCAGUGCCAGGACAUUCCCUGUGACGACUUCUGCCUCUGGGGGCCCUGGGGGCCCUGGGGACCCUGCCAGGACCCAUGCAGCGGUGGCUACCGCCUGCGCCAGCGCCAGCCCCAGCACCCGGCGGGUGACCGGCAGUGCCGCGGCGCCCAUGCCCAGAGCCAGAGCUGCAACACCGCUGCCUGCGCAGGCGAGGGGUGUGAGGAGCGGGGCCGGGUCUUCACCACGUCCUGCCCCAACCGGUGCCCCCGCGCCUGCGCCGACCUCUGGCCCCACGUCGAGUGUCUGCAGGGCCUCUGCGAACCGGGGUGCCGGUGCCCCCCGGGGCAGCUGCUGCAGGACGGGCUGUGUGUGCCGGUGGCCCAGUGCCGCUGCGGUCUGCCCACUGCCAACGGCACCCGGGAGCUGCGGCCAGGGCAGGCGGCCGAGCGCGGCUGCCACAACUGCACCUGCAGGAAUGGGACCUUUGCCUGCCCGGCCCUGGCAUGUCCCAUCUAUGGGCUCUGGUCCCCGUGGAGCCCCUGCUCCCGCAGCUGUGGUGGCGGCAACAUGUCCCGGCACCGUGAGUGCCAGGAGAGCACCGGGGGGGAGCCCUGCAGUGCCACCGGCACUGAGGAGAUGGCGGAGUGCAACCUGCAGCCCUGCCCUGGUGGCUGCCGGCUGAGCCCGUGGUCCCCGUGGAGCCGCUGCAGCACCAGCUGCGGUGGGGGCACCUCCGAGCGCCGCCGGGAGCCGCUGCCGGGGCCGGGGGAGCCGUGUCCCCUCCUGCCGCCGCCGCUGCUGCUGCUGCACCGCGUCUGCAGCGCCCACAACUGCUCCCCGGAGUGCCCCGUCGGGCAGCGGUUCGGUCCCUGCGCCAGCGCCUGCCCCCGGCACUGCGCGCACCUCGGCCCCGGGGCGCGCUGCGCGACACAGAGCUGCCAGCGCGGCUGCGCCUGCCCGCACGGACAGGUGCUGCAGGACGGAGCCUGUGUCCCCCCCGCGCUGUGCCGCUGCCGCCUGCCCCCUGCCCUGGCCGCGAUGCACAACCUCUCCCUGGCACCAGAGCUGGCACCGGGCACCAGCCUGCAGCAUGGCUGCACCCGAUGUGUCUGCAUCCACGGCACCUUCAACUGCUCCCAGGAGGAAUGUAAUGCGGACUGCCUGUGGUCCCCAUGGUCACCCUGGUCCCCCUGCUCGGUGACCUGCGGGACGGGUGAGCGGCAUUCCCAGCGGCACCUGCUCCGGCAGCGCCAGCACACAGGGGCAGAGUGCCGGGGGCCUGCCAUGCGCCACAGCCCCUGCAGCCUGCCCCCCUGCUCCUGUCCUGCGGGUGAGCGCUGGCAGGACCCCGACGCACCGGAGAGCUGCGACCGGAGCUGCAGGGACAUUGCAGAGCCUCGGCACAACUGCAGCAUCCCCCUGGCCCCCGGCUGCGCCUGCCAGCCCGGGCACUACCGCAACAGCACCGGGCACUGCGUUCUGGCUGCCCGCUGCGAGUGCCAGCACCGUGGGCAGCUGCGCCAGGCUGGCAGCACGUGGCAGGAUGGGUGCGAAAUGUGCCAAUGCCAGGAUGGGAGAGUGACCUGUGCUGCUGGCUGCGCCCCACUGGCCUGCCCUGAGGGCACAGUGAAGGUUCGGGAGCCGGGGAGCUGCUGUCCCGUGUGCCGGGAGGAGUGGCCGGAGGAGCCACCCGCCACGUGCCGGCGCCUCACGGAGCUGCGCACCUUCGCCAAGGGCCCCUGCGCCCUGCGCGACGUCGAGGUCUCCUUCUGUGCUGGGCACUGCCCGUCCCGCACCACCGUCACCCCCGAGGAGCCGUACCUGCAGAGCGUGUGCGAGUGCUGCAGCUACCGCCUGGACCCCACCGGCCCCGUGCGCGUCCUGCGGCUGCCCUGCCCCGGCGGCCAGAGCGAGCCCGUCGUGCUGCCCGUCAUCCGCAGCUGCCAGUGCAGCCCCUGCCAGGGUGGGGAUUUCUCCCGGCGCUGAGACCCCUCCGGGGUGCUCCAGACCCUGCCCCUCUCUGCAAUAAACCUGCGGGAACAGCCCCCACAGCCAGCGCCAGGGAUUGGGAAGGGACUGGGGAGACUGGGAAGGGCUUGAGAGGGAACUGGGAAGGGCUUGGGUGGGAUUGGGGGGAGGACUGGUGGUGCUUGGGGGAACUGGGAAGGGACCAGGGGGACACUGGACGGGACGUGGGGGGAUUGGGGGGUGCUGAGAAUGGCCUGGGGAGGAUCGGGAGCGGGAAUGGGAGGGAUUGGGAAGGGACCAGAGAGAGUGGGGGGUUAUGGGAAGGGUUCAGGGGGCACCAGGGAGGGAUGGAGACAGACUGGGAAGGGCUUGGGGAGGACCAGAGAGGGCUCAAGGGUGGCAAGAGGGCCCGGGGGGGACUGGGAAGGGAUCAGGAAUGGACUGGGGGGAGCAGGGGGGGACCAGAAGGGGUUUGGGGAUGGAGGGUGACACUGGGAAGGACCAUGAAGGGCUCAGGGGGCACAGGAGAGACUGGGAGGGGACAUGGGGGCACUCGGGGGGUGGACUAGAGAGGGAUGGGAAGGGACUGGGGGAACUGGGAAGGGACUGGGCUUAUGGGGUGCCAAGGGGGGACUGGAAAGGUCUGGGGGGCACCUGGGAGGGAGAGGGAAGGGUUUGGGGUGACUGGGGGGCCCAGGCCCAGCCCUGGUGUGCAGGGGCUGUCAUGUUCCUCUCUCUCCCGCUGCCACGCAAAGCCUCACCCUGCCCCACGAGCUGAGGGUUCUCCAGGGACACUGGCACUGACGGGGCACGAGGCUACAGCUGAAUUAAAGCUGCCAAUUGCUUAA